CCCUGACGAUGCUAAAAGAAAAGUUGCUUCUCAAAAGUCAAUAAUGUGAACCUCCUUCUCUGCUCCCCCCGUCUUCUCUCUCCCUCCCCCUUCCUCAUUCACUCCAUUUGUCUCCCCAUCCCUCCCCCAAUCUCUCUCUCUCUCUUUCUCUCUGAACCUCAAAGCGCACUAUAUAAAACCUCCCUCCACACUGACACUCAGAUGUACAAACACAUCGGUUGUCGUACCAGCGGCUCCAAACCUUGCAUCAAAAAUCACUCCCUCAGACACUUGAAGCGUUUUAACGGCAGACAUCUGACCCUCCUGAAUGAGGCUGAGAAGAUUCAUCUCUGCUCUCUCGCCUUAGGACCAACCUUUCCUCACUCUAUAUUUCUCCUACAAGUUCGGCAGCUGAUCCCGGCUCAGUCAGAGGGAAAAGAUUUUGUUGCGGCUGAGAAGAAAGAUCAGGGACAGUUUGACAUGAGGGAGGACGCUCCACAAAGAGGUAUGAAGAUCACAUGUCUGUGGGCUGCCGCUCUGCUGCUAUCAGUCAUCUCUCUGGUGACCAGUGCUGAUUCACCAAGUUCCAGAAAUUCUGACUUGAGAGAAAGCUCUAAAUCCAAAGUGAAGACGUACUGGACUGAAAGCAGCAAGGCCGUCUCCAUCAGCCGUCUGCUGUCCCAGACCCUCUAUGGCAAAGAGAACUUCACCUCUCUGGAUCUGAACUAUGAUGAGGCAGACUCGUUCUCUAAACAGGAGCAGUGGAACUGGCUUUACAACAUUUCAAACCCCCGGGACCCUCGAUCCAGGACAAAAAGGAGGCCCAUCGUCAAGACCGGCAAAUUCAAGAAGAUGUUCGGUUGGGGUGACUUCCAUUCCAACAUCAAGACGGUGAAGCUCAACCUUCUCAUCACCGGUAAAAUCGUGGAUCACGGUAACGGGACAUUCAGUGUCUACUUCCGCCACAAUUCGACGGGUCAAGGCAACGUGUCUGUGGGACUGGUUCCACCGACCAAAGCUGUGGAGUUCCAGGUCCACCAGCAGCACCAGCAGUUCCACCACCAUCACCAGCAGCAGCAGCAGCAGCAGACGGCUCUGGAGGCCAAGGACAACAAGCUGUUCAACUGCAGGGUGGAGUACGAGAAAGUUGAAAAGGGUACCAGGAACUCACUGUGUGCCCACGACCCCUCGCAGAGCUGUCCGCAGGAGCAGACCCAAAGCCACGUGUCCUGGCUGUGCUCCAAGCCCUUUAAAGUCAUCUGCAUCUUCAUCACCUUCUACAGCACCGACUACAAGCUGGUGCAGAAGGUGUGUCCAGAUUACAACUACCACAGUGACACCCCAUACCUCCCCACCGGGUGAUCACAUAACCAGACGAGGACAAAAAAAGAAGAAGAAGAAAAAGACGCAGAGAUAGGCUGUCGGGUCAGAUUAUUGGAAUGAAAAUGAGCCAAGACGCUUCAAACUUGAGACGUUGACAGGCAUUAUUACAGCUAACAUAUCUUUGACGCAAGACUGAUCUUGCUCCAAUGAACAGACCUACCCCAAGUUCCUUAUGAGAGCAUUUAGGGAAGCAUUUAUAGCCUUGCGAUACUCAUAUUAUAUGCAUAGCUGCUUACAUUGAAAGAAAAUUCUCAAGCCAACUGUAAAAAUAUGCUGAUUGUAUUUAUGUAAAUAUUGUGGGUUUCACACGAAGACCAGAAAACAAUUUUAUUAAUGUUUUCUCCUGCUAAUUUAGUUGUUUAUGUUGAUAGUACAUUUCCGUCUCAAUCAUGCUUUCUGUCAUUUCCAAUCAGUCUGUGGUAAUCAUUGCAAACACGUAAAUGGCAAUGCAAAUAAGAAGAAUCAGUUAGUAUGCAUUGGAGGGCAAACAUGUUUUGAGUUGUUGUCUGCAGUGUGAUUGUUAGAGUGAAUAUACCUUUCUGAUAUUGUU